CUAAACUAGUGGUGUGUUCAAUUGUCGAAAGGACGACGACGACGUGCUUCGUUUUGGGAAUGAGGGCUUACGUAAACAUUAAUAAGAAAAAUAAGGUGUUAUGAAAAAGUUAUUUGUUUAAAAAAACAAACUUCCUACUUCCGAUAGUUUAAUUCCAAAUUUAAAUUAAGUUAAAACUAAACAUUUUAUUCAUAAAACUAAAAAAGACAAACGUUAAAAAAAGAAGUGAAACUACAUAACAAAAAAUAAAAUAAAAUAAAAUAAAGUUUCCUUUUAAAACUUUAAAUAAAUAGAUUAAAUCAUAAAACUUUUUAAUAUUAUGUAAUAAUUUAAAACAUUUUUUCUUAUUUUCAUUUGAAGUUUAUUUAAGUGAUUUUAAAUUAAAUUGAAGAACUAAAAACAACAGUGAUUCUACAGAAAAAAACUUAAACUAAGUGGUGAAAAACUAAAAUCUGAACUUUAAUAAAUAAAUAAAUAAAUAGAAACAACAACUUUUAAGCCAUGUCACCUACUGUUCAAAAAAUUCUCAUCUUACUUGGGAUUGUUUUCUGCCUUCAAUUACAAGAAUGUACUGCACUAAUUUGCUAUGAUUGCAACAGCGAGUAUGAUCCACGUUGUGGAGACCCAUUCGAACCAUAUUCCAUAGGUGAAGUAAAUUGUAGCAAACAAGAACCUCUUGAACAUCUUAAAGACAAAUACAAGCCAUCUUUAUGCCGAAAGACAACACAAAAGAUCUAUGGCAAAAUUCGUAUUGUUCGUGGUUGCGGAUAUAUCCCAGAUGAUCGUGAUGACCACGAAUGCAAUAAACGAUUAGGUACUCACGAUGUGCAAGCUAUUUAUUGUGCUUGUACAACCGAUUUGUGCAACAAUGCCGAAUCGCUCUUAAAAUUAAAUAGAUACUCCCUGCUACGUCCACUGCCCUUAAUAUUUAUUACAGCUUUAUUAACUGUUGUUACGUGUCGUUUUGAUUUUUUUCAAAAUUCUUCAUAAAUUCAUUCAAAAUUUGUAAUUUUGGUAGUCUUCAAGAAAUUACAAUAAACUUAAAAAAUACAUACAUUUAAAAUUGAUUGAAUAAAUAAGAAAACAAAAAACUGAAUAACAAAGAACGAAAACUGCUUAAUAGAUAUAAAAACGUAGAUAUACAUACAUACAUAUAUAUAUAUCAAAAAAGAAAAAUCAAAUAUCAAACUUCAAAGAAGAACUAAAAAUUAAAAAAAAAUUAGAAACAACAAAAUUAAAAUACUUAACAUUACAAAAAUAUUGUUCUCAUAUAGGUUUUAUAAUCAAGUGCUUAUAGUUUUUAAAUUGAAACUAAUUGGUUGUAGAUUGUUUAAUUUGUAUAUUUUAUUUCUUGUACUAUAACUGACAAUAAAAAAAAUUAAAAUGAAAAUAAUUUAAAUUGAAUAAAUAUAUAUUUUAAUAUAUUUGAAAAAUUCGCAAACAGCCCUUCGAAAUUGUUUAAGCGACGACGUAGUCAACCCCAAGUAUACAUAACUAAUACACUUUUGUUUUAAGUAUUAUUAAUUUAUUUUGUGUUAUUAUUUUAGUUUUUCCUAUUUUACAAAAUAUCCCUUCAAACUUAUUUACCUAUAGCAAAAACAAAAAUUCAAUUACAACUUAAAUUAAUGUUAAACCCAAAAAAAAUUCUCACCAGUCAUUACACUUUGUCAACUUUUUAUUAUUCGAAAAUAUACACAACAAAAUCUAGUAAUUGUAUUCAGCACACAAAGUCAGUUUAAUUGAAAAGUUAAAAAUUUAAAUAAUUACAAAAAAAAAAGAAAAAUUAGAAUGAAUAUUGAAAUAAAAAAAAAUCGAUACAAAAAAGUUUAAGACAAGUAAAACAAUAAAAACAAAAACUGUUUUGCUAUAAUUUAUAGCAAAUGCAGUUUGAAUUAAAUGGCGCUCUCUUUAAUCAUAAUAUUUUGCUUAGAAGAUAAAUAGUUGAAAAAAUAAAGACAUUAAAUGAAAAUAAAAAUCUCACGAGAGCGGCACUUGAAAAGUAGAUAGCGAUGGAAACUAAAACGCCUAAGAAAUUAAAAUUAAAAAAAAUAACAAACAUGAGUAAAAACUUACAAAAAAUGGACAAAAUAAAAAUAAAAUUUUAAAGUUAAUUUAAAAAUAAGAGACGCCUAGUGUGUGACAUUGUUAUUUGUAAAAAAAACACAGAAUUUUUAUUUUACUAUUGUCUUUUAGAAUACUAAAUUAGGAUAAGAAAGAAAUUAGGAAAAGAGAAAUGGUUGGAUGAGGCAGAGAAUAAUGUUUAUGUUUAGCUUUUAGUGCUUAGAACCAAUAAAAAGAAUUCCAAGGAAAAAUGGUUAGUACAUUUUUGACAACUCUUAAAAUAAACCUUAAGAAUGUGAUAACAUACAAAUUGUGAAACAAUUCAGCGAGAAAAAGUCAUUGCCUAUUGCUUAAGUGUAAACACAGCUUUACCUGCCAAGAGACAAUUUUCCAGCCAGUUGAUUUAGUAAAGUCAGCGAAAAACGAUUAAAAUCACCAAAAAAUAAAGUUUUUAUAAUGAAAUAAAUUCUGGCUAGCUCUGAUUCUGGAAACUCUAUGUAAAACCUUAUGCGUUUUAAGCUUUGAAGCCAAAAGCUCCCGUGUACCUAUAAAUAAAAAUAGUAUUCGGUCUUCCACAUUUAGAUUAUUACUCUAUUUUGCCUGCAAUUUAAUUCGUUGAUUUGUUUGGCAACUUAGACUGUUUAAAAAUAGAAAAAUAAAACGUUUUAUGAAAGUUUAUGUUUUUAAAUCCAUGAAUUGUUAAAUAUUUUUAUAUUUAGUUUUCAGAAAUCUCUUUCGUAUAGAUCGUAGCAGAAUUAUCCUACUUUGGUCUAUUGGCACCUGAUUAGUUACUCUCCAGAUUUCACACCAUAUAUAUGCUGAUACAUUUUUAUGGCUUGGUUUUUCGUAUAAUAGAUUUCCUAUACAAAAGUAAAAAGCCACUCGAAAAACAUUAAUUGAAUAUGAAUAUUGGUUAUAAAAAAGUAUUACUAUGGCUUAAUUUAUAAAUCAGUUGGAAAAUAUAUCAAAUUCAUAAUUUAACCUGGAUAAUUUGUUCUUAAUAAGUUAAGCAAAUCGCAAGAAAACAACGACUACUUUUUAUCUUUCUUUAGGUACCUAUUUGUUGUUAUUUUCUUGCGAUUUAUUUAUCAUUUUUUUGCAAUAAAAAUUUCAAAACAAAUUUACAAUUUAUUUUCUAUAUAAAUAAUAACUCAUAAAAUUGUUCAAGAAUGAAAUGAAGUUUCGAAAGAAAGCAAUCACGGCUCGCGUAACGAGCAAAUUCGCAAACGAACUACUAGCUAAGGAAUAUAAUACUUUUGUAUAUUCCAUGCACUGGCUAUGAGAGAAAGAGAGAAAGAAAAUGUGAACGGGCACUGCUCUCCCUUGCUACAGUAGCAUACGGAACGUAACUAUCUCUCUUUCUAUUUUACUACUACCUACAUAUCUCCCUCUCACCAUUUGUUCACUUCGAACGAUCACAAUUUUUGUUACGCAUCGGCUACGCAAGUGAAGCGUGUGUAAAAGAUUGUAAUGCCUGCAAUGUUUCGACAACUGUUUUGUUUUAUAAUUAAAACUCGAAGAUUGACUGUUUGGCAAUUCUGUUACUGAUGUCACCAGCCUUUACUUUCUAAAAUCUAAAAGCAAAAUGAGUCAAUAUUUGAAAUUAAAAAAUAAAACAUUUCUCUGCCAUAAGUUGUUAAAAAUAUUAAAAAUCUUUUAUACUAAAGUUACACAUUUUAUUUUUAUUUAGAAAUAAAGAAGAAGAGAAACAAACAGUGUACCUACAUUCAAAUUGGUUAUUGUUAUGAAUACUACAUAUUUAUAUACAUACAUAUUUAUAUAUUGUUGUGAAAUAAAUGGGUUUGUUAAACUGUAUAUGUUAAUUGAAAUAAGUAAAUCAAAAUUAUAUGUUGUUAAAUCCAAACAAAACUCAAAUAAUAAUAAAAAAAAGAACACGUGUUAAUUGUUA